AUGGACUCAUUUAGGACCUUCAGUCAGGUGCGCCUUAAGGAAGGGGGUGCACAAUUAACAGCUGUCAAUGGUCAACACUUUGACGUUCUGGGAAAAUGUAUUUUAACUUUUAACAUUGAAAAAGAUAAACCUUGUAUCCAUGAGUGUACUGUGGUGGAUAAUGUAACAUUCCCUGGUGAUAUAUUGUUAGGCAUGGAUUUUUUGAAACGAUUUACGUAUUCUUUGACAUCGGAGAAGGGAGCAAGACACAGUAGGCUACAGUUGGGAUCUGUGUCUUUCCCAGUAAAGUUAACUGAUCACCCUCCCAUAAUUGCUUCAAUUCAACGAGCACCUAAAUAUGUAAACCUUCCUAAACAAUUGUUCAAGUCUCUUCAAGACCCUGACAAGAAAACAUGUAGACUACAUGCUGUACACAGACAAGUAUGUCCACCACGGUCAUUUAAGUUUAUUAAAGUCGCCGUAGGAAGAAACAUUCAACCCGGAAGUACCCUUCAGGUAGCUGGCAGAAUUGAUAAGUUGAUGAUACCAUAUACUCUGGUAUCUGUACAUGACAAAGGUGCGAUAAUACCAGUGGUCAACCUCUCUCACAAACCUUAUCGCUUUAGGGUGGGCGAUAGUCUGACACAAGGAAUUGUGGUAAAUUUAAAAGAAAUAAUAGAGUCAGAUACCACACAAACAUCGACUGUAGCAGCGCAAUGUAGCGCAUUGAACGUAAGAGAAGAGGAGUCACACAGUAAGAUCGGUAAAGAAACCCCGUUAUCUCCUCAAGAUAAGGAAAUGGUGGACAAAUUAAUAACUGCUCUAGAUUUGACUCAUAUGUCACCUGCUGAACGUAAACAGGUACGGGAAGUCCUCCGUAAAUUUCCUAGGUUAUUUGCGACCGAGGAUGAGGAAAUAGGCUACCUGCCUCAAGUCGAACACACCAUUCCAACAGGUGAUAAUCCUCCGGCCCAAACACGUCAAUGGAGACUCCCAGAGCAGGCGAAACAACUUAUUAGAGAUGAGUGUAGAAAGAUGAUGAGACAGGGCGUUAUAGAAGAGAGCACGUCACCGUGGCUUUCCCCAGUAGUGCUAGUACGCAAACCUGAUGGUAGUUACAGGUUCUGUGUAGAUUACCGUAAAGUGAACGAAGUGACAACAGCGGACGCUUAUCCUCUGCCUCUCAUUCAGGAAAUCAUAGACCAGUUUGGCACAGCUAAGUACUUCUCGACACUUGACGCAAAGUCAGCGUAUUGGGCCAUACCAGUUGCAAAGCAAGACAGAGAAAAAACAGCAUUUUCGGAUGGUGUGCGGACUUACCAUUUCAAGCGUAUGCCAUUUGGAUUAAAAACAGCUCCUUCAUCUUUUCAGAGGGCGAUAAAUUAUAUUCUAAGCCCUGUUCUCGCAAUCUCUACUUCUACCAUCCCUCUACCUCUACCAUCCCUCUACUUCUACCAGCCCUCUACCUCUACUUCUACAAGUCCUCUAUCUCUACCAGCCCUCUACCUCUACUUCUACAAGUCCUCUAUCUCUACCAGCCCUCUACCUCUACUUCUAGCAGCCCUCUACCUCUAG